CACCAUUCCCCUCCCCCGCCCAUACCUGGGGCCUCUGACACCCAAGGCCUAGAAGCUCAGGCACUCGGCUCAGCUCUGACCUGCCGUACAGCAUGGCAGCCCCUAAGGGCGUGGCCCACGGCACUGCUAGCCGUACAACAUGGCCGCCUACAGAGCGCGAACCGCUCCCCCUCACGCCCAAUCACCGGAAGUUUCCGUUUGAAAGCCGGGCGGCAGACCCGGUAGCUGGUGCGGCAGUUGCCGAGGAGCCUCCUUUGAACCAGGGCAACGAGGGCUGCGGGCAGGAGCUGCAGGAGCCUGGGGCCCAGCCGUGCCGCCUCGUUACGAUGACCAGCGUGGUUAAGACGGUAUACACUCUGCAACCCCCCGCUGUGCAGAGCGGCGGCCUGCCGGCAGACACACAAACUCGAGCCACUUCUAAGAGUCUAUUACCCGUUAAGUCCAAAGAAGUGGAUGUUUCCAGACUUCAUUCAGGAGGUUCAGAGAAUGAUGUUACAAAAAUCACCAAACCGAGACGAGAGAAUGGGCAGGUAAAAGCUGCAGACACUGCCAUGAGGAGGAACAUCAGAAAGAGCUGCAAACCGCUGGGUAAGCAGAAACCAGAGGAAGAGCUCAAGGAUAAGAACCAGCUCUUAGAGGCCAUCAACAAGCAGCUGCACCAGAAGUUGACUGAAACUCAGGGAGAACUGAAGCACCUGACCCAAAAGGUGGAGCUGCUGGAGAAGUUUCAGGACAACUGCUUGGCAAUUUUGGAGAGCAAGGGCCUCAACCCAGUUUUAGGCUGUGAGACCCUGGCAUCACAGCGGGAAUCCGCCGCAGAUCACACGGACUCUAUGUUGCUGUUAGAAACUUUGCAGGAUGAGCUGAAGUUUUUUAACGAAACGGCCAAAAAGCAGAUGGAAGAGUUACAGGCCUUAAAAGUCAAGUUGAAGAUGAAAGAAGAAGAGAGGGCCCGGUUCCUAGAACAGCAGACAUUAUGUAACAAUCAAGUAAAUGAUUUUACGGCAGCCCUGGAGGAAAUGGAGCAGCUAUUAGAAAUGUGAUAAAAAGCAAGUGACCAGAUGGCUCCCACAGGGGAAGCCACUCAGGACAUCUGCUUCUUGGCCAUGACCUUCUAGAACUCACCGUCCCCAGAAUGGAGACAUUUGCUGCAGUAGGAUUAAGGACAGAUAGAAUGGCGCUUCCUCCUUCAGGCAAGCGAACACCACCCUCGGACUGGUGGGUUCCCCCGAACCUCACACACACAUAAUCGAGGCCAACAAGGGAGUGGGGGGUGCAGAAGCUUGGAUCGACCUUCUAGGCAACAAAGCGGCAGGCUAUUAGAAUCAGGAGACUAAACCAGCCACAGCCAGAGGAUCCCAAAGGUCACAUUCAGAUGUGUAGGAAGAAAACCUUAAUUGUGCAUUUGGAGUGCAGAGGCUCCACGGGAGACAUCAGUGAGAAGGGAUGCUGUCCCCUUCUAACUUGGAACACAUUCCGUCUCAUCCUGGUUGGGCUCUAGACCUCAUUGUAAAUUAAUGAACGUGAAGUUAUUGAAAUGGCUUAAUAAAUGGGGUGAAGGUAUAGAUAGCAAUAACACCUACCUGAAAUAAUACACCUUGGAGCUUUAAAUC